CCGGUUUGUUUCUUGCAGGACACUACAGUCGGUUUAUUGUAAAGAGAAUCCGUUCUAGAUUCUUACCAUGGCGAGUUGAUCCUUCUUCCUCAGAGAGACCAGGAUGAGGUACCUGAUCAUAUGGGUUCUAGCUUUGUGCGUAGUGGACAACGUACUGUCUAUGAGGAUACUUGCAGUACUCCCCUUCCCCGGCAAGAGUCAUCACAUCUUCUCCACAGGAAUCAUGAGAGCCUUGGCCGAGAGAGGACAUGAGAUAGUCGAGUACAGCCCAUACCCCCCGGUCAGGCCUAUACCCAACCAUACACAUAUCGAAUUCCAUUCUCGUUUUGAGCAGGAAAUAAAAAGUUGGACCUACGAAGACUUUAUGAAGUACCCUGCCCAACGUGAUAAAAGCAUUUUCGGAUUUAAAAUUAGAAGAAUCUGGGAAAUAAACUAUAGUGUAUGUGAAGAUAUGUUACAAAAUGAGAAAAUUCAAUAUCUUUUGAGGUCAAAAGAAAAAUUUGAUGUAGUACUGACUGAAGCCACUUUUGGGGAAGAAUCUAUGCUAGUAUUUGGACACAGAUUUUCUGCCCCCACGGUGUGCAUAGAGGGGUUUUUCCCUUGGAGUAUUUUAAAUAGAUAUGCUGGAAAUUCACUCUCCAUUGCUUCAGUGCCCGACUUCACUUCUAUGGUGUUUAAAAAUGAGUUAUUGUCUUUCAAAGAUAGGUUACUGAACUUUAUAUCAAUUUCUCGGUCCCUUUUUCACUACUACUACACUCAUUUACCUCUUCAUGACCAAAUACUAAAACAGAAUUACAAGUUUUCCAACACACCAUCAGUAAUAGAAAUGGUGAAAAAUGUGUCACUGUAUCUCACAAACUCUCACCCAGCCGUCAUCAACUACAUACAGCCCUACACCCCUAACAUUGUUCCAAUUGGUGGGAUCCACAUAAACCCUCAGACCUCAUCUGUUCCUCAGGAUGUUUUAAAGUUUAUGGAUGAUGCUAAAGAAGGUUUCAUAUACUUUGGUCUGGGGUCCUUGGUCCCCACACAUCUCAUGCCAAACGAGGUUCUCAAUACAUUUAUCAACGUGUUCAGAAAGCUGCCUCAGAGGGUUCUGUGGAAAAUCGAUUCCAGAAAUUUAUCAAACCUGCCUAGUAAUGUGAUGACCAAGCCGUGGACUCCUCAACUUAAUGUGUUAGGUCAUAAAAAUUGUAGACUCUUCAUAACCCAUGGGGGAUUGUUCAGCCACCAGGAGGCAAUACACGCAGGUGUACCAACUGUAGGUAUUCCGUUCUUCGCAGACCAACCCUAUAAUGUGCAAUAUAGCCAACUCCGUGGACGCGGUGUGUGGCUGGACUUUGCUACUCUCUCCGAAGAGACCUUUACCGAAGCGAUUUCCAAGGUUCUUAAUAAUUCCCAGUACAGAGAGAAUGCUGCCAGACUUGCACGUAUAUAUCGAGACAGACCUAUGUCUCCUGUUGAUUCAGCAGUAUUCUGGGUGGAGUAUAUAGUGAGACAUGGUGGAGCCCAACACCUUAGACCUGCUGCAGCACUUCUGCCCUGGUAUCAGCUUUAUCUUUUGGACGUGGUAUCAGCAGUAGUUGCUACCAUAUUAUUGACGGUGUUUACUAUAAUCAUAAUUAUUAGGAAAAUAUUUACAGUUCUGUUUAAUAAAAAAGGAAGCAAAAGAGUGUCUAAUCACAAGAAAAACAAAUAAAGUGUCUCUAUCAAACUGA